AUGCGGCUCCGCUCAUAUCAGUCUCAUGUCGCACGUGCCCGGGACCCCAGAUUGUUCAAGGAGGCUGCUAUUCGGUCGGCGGAGCGCUCAGAAUCGAUGACGAUUGAUAGGAUCGACGUGGGCGUGUUGAAGCCCGAUGAGACAGAUAGAGAAACAUUGCUUGGUCUAGCAUACGCCUCCUGGGAUGCGUAUCAUCCAUUCCCGACCAAUGAUACGAAGUGGUAUACAUUAGAUGGAUUCGACUGGAACGCUCCUUUCGGAUGGGAGCCCGAGGAAGAUGGGCUUCGUGGGCAUUUAUUUAUGAGCCCCGAUAAUUCCACUGCGCUCGUUACUUUUAAAGGCACGACAGUGUCGGGAAAUGGGCUACAGGACUCCCUUGCAAGCUCUUCAAAGAAGGACAAGUACAAUGACAACCUUUUAUGCUCUUGUUGCUGUGCCGACGUCCUAUUUGCGAGAAUGGACCACCCAUGUCAUUGUAGCCUUGGGGGAAAUAGAUGCAGUAAUGUUUGCCUUACCGCGUCUCUCCUAUCUGAACAUUCCUACUAUGCUCAAGCCACGGUCGUUAUGAGCAAGUUUGUAGCAAUGUACCCAGACACCACUAACUGGUGGGCUACCGGACACAGUCUAGGAGGUGGAUUAGCGUCCCUCGUUGGGCAGACCUUCGGUUUCCCGACAGUCACUUUUGAAUCUAUUCCGGAACGUUUGGCAGCGGAGAGACUGCACCUUGUCACAUCGAACACAAUGAGUCACGAGGUGCCCGUAGUACACGUAUAUAAUGACGCCGAUCCCAUAGCAAUGGGGACCUGUAAUGGGCCAUGGUCUUUCUGCACUCGUGCCGGGUUCGCCUUCGAGUCCAAGUGUCGCACUGGGAAAAGUAUUGUUUAUAAUACGAGCAGUACAAGCGCUAGAGACAAGCUUGUUCGGCUCAAUGACACAUUGGCGAUGACACUAAAGGGUCGACCUAACCCUGUUGCUGCCCACCGGCUCGCCUAUAUCCUAUCCGUGUUGCAAGAUGAGACUAGAGAAGUCCCUGUGGCUCGUGUUCAGGGGGAAUGCCAGGUGUGCCAGACCCAUGUCAUCCGUCUAAUUAUCCCUGACAAGAUUGCAGGACUGUGGGUGGUGGUCCUUUGGAGGGUUCCCGGGACAAGCGGACCGAGGAGAAGCUCAGGAAUUCAGGACAUGGUGGACCAUAUGGAAAAGCAAUAUUGUGGAUGUUCUCAAUGA